CCUCCGCACUUUCUCCCAUGUCGCCGGAAAUGACUCUGAAAGUCACCUUUUUUAACCUCCCGGCAGAGGUUCGAAACCACAUCUAUGGCUACACGUUCGAUGACUCGGUCAUUGCAUUGAUCUCGAAUCGGAACAAAACCGGCUGGAAAGACCCUCAACACGAGAAUGAAUGGAAGGAAGAAGGCCGCAUCCACUCCUUCAGACAUGCCGGGAAAUUCGGCAGCUACCUGGUCGAAGGCACCAAGAGAGCAAUACGGCUAUCCGCUUUAUCGUCCACAGCAAACGGAUAUGCCAUUUGCUUCGCGAGUCGCCAAACCCUCGCCGAAUCCAUUGUCUUCCUAUAUCGACAUACAAAAUUCGCUUUCCGUUCCCAGCGCCCUUUCCUCAACUUCUUGCGAGUUACUCCGGCCAGCUCCCUUUCGAACGUUUCACGGCUCCAUCUUGAAAUUCUGAUGUACGGCGACCCCCGUGAGAUCCCUCACAUGACGUUCAAGGAAAAACAAAUGAAGAAUUGGCUUGGUCUGUGGAAGAAAGCGUCGGAACUGCUCCCUAACCUCCGACACCUUAAGAUCGUCGCACAAGUCAACGCCGUGCCCUUGAGAUUCACCCUUUCUGAGGAGUGGGUUCAACCGAUGCUCCAGUUCGCAGCAUGUCCCUUGACCUCAGUUGAGGUGCGGCUGCUAACUACAUUCCGACCGCGCACCAUCCUCGAUGAAGAACUUCGUCCGCCGGGGUUGGUCCUGACCGUCACUCCUAACAUGAGGCCGAUGAGCCUGGAAGACCGUCAUCACGCAGAGCUGCAUCGAUUGUUCGAAAAUGCGAUAGAACGGAAGCUACUCACACAUGGGGAGGUAGAGGAUAAGGAGGCAAUUCGCGAAUUUCGAAAGUCUUGCAGAAGCGAAUACCAGGACUUCCACUUUCCUUACCUUCUUCCCCAGCAGCGCGGGUAAGGGCUUGGAUAUCGAGACUGACUGGACUCUCCACGACAAACAAUGGUUACAUGACCGGGAGCUCAACGAAGUGAGCUUGGAUAGGCUGCACGGCAGGGUUAUUGAAGGUUAUUGACUCAAUAGGAUGAGGGGUCUCUUUCUUAAAGCAUACAUGAUUCUGAUACACAAUGAAUAGAACAAAGUUUACCCAGCAUCUGACGACUGACGAUGACCCAGUAUCUCCAGGUGACGCGGUAAACGUAAGCCGAACCCGAAAUUUCAAAAUUCCUCACAGUGUUAGAUCUAGACCUCUUCCCUAUUGGCCAAAUUGAAGGUGAAGUUAACUAGUGUAGAGGCAUAUCGAAGGUUGCAAUCAAAUUCUGAAGGUGGAAUGCUUGUGAGGAGGGUGUUUAGACAGCCUCGCUGGUGCCUAGACAGAUCUCGUGGCUGGUGUGAGGCAAUGCGGGCAAUACGGGACAACGU